AAUCAGCUGUUCGACUCAAAAGUUUUUGCAUGUUUUGUUUAUUUCGCUUAAAAUGUAGUCUUAUCGUUAAUUAGGGACAGUUACUAACAAGUAACAUAAAAACAACCGUCAACAAGUGUUCGGGAACUUCAACUAGUACGUCUCAGUGGACACCUCUGUGUGCUCGGUUAUGGAUUUGGACUGCGAGAGCGCUACAGCUUUUGCGGACGACUCCGGGCACUUUAGCUGCACUAGCGACGAUGGAGGAGGAGAUCCUGCUCAGAAACCGGAGCCGGAACCGGACCAAUCGAUGUUUCUGGUGCGGCAGGAGCUGCUUCGGACGCGCAGUGAGGUGGAAAGGCUCUUAAAAUCGGAGCAGUGGUACAAGCAGGAGCUUAAGUCCCAGAAGCACAGCAGGCUUGAGACUCUAGAACGAUUGUACGCACAGGAGCGGAAGUAUUUGGUGGAGAACCAGAGGCUGCAGCAAGAAUCAAUCCGCCUGCACACCAAAUGCGCCACUCUGGAGAAGCAGCAGGAGCAGGGGUCACCAUUAUCCCCUGGCUCAUCGCCAGUUAAAGCAGACUCGGAGUCCCACGACUCCUCCUUUGAUGCCAAACAGCAGGAAGCGCGCCUACGGGAUCAGCGUCAGUUGAUAGACGUGCUCCGAAAGCAAAAGAAGAUGCUUCUGGACGACAUCAAGAGGCUCAGUCUGGAACACGAAGAAAAACUUUCGCAGUUGCAGCAAACUGUUGUUGGCAUGGAGCUGGAAAGCAAGCACGUGACUGGGAAAUGCAAGCAACUACUUGACCUUAAAAGUCAAAUGGAGCACCAGCUGGAGCUGAGGAGCACUGCCCUACGCCGUGUCACCGCGGAGCGUAAUCAGCUCCGCCAAGUCAUUGCUGAGCUUAACGAGACGCUGCAAACGCAGGAGCACCUUAUAGCGUUAAAGGAACAAGAGUUCCUGGAUUUGAAACAGUACUACCAACAAAAGUUGACCCGGGAGAGCAGCAUGGAAAUUAUGCACUCUUAUAGCAUGAAAUUUCACGAAGAGAUUAACAGCAAAACGAGUGAAAUCGCCAGCCUAAAGAAUUCCCUUAACGAGCUUCAGACCGAGCUGAUGCUGAUGUCUCAUAUGAAAGAACAACGCGAGGAACAGCAGCGUCAGCUUGAGCAACUAGAGUUCACAUUGCAGGCACAAUUUUUGGAGGAGGCUCAGCUUCGGCAAAGCAAUGCUCUGAAACUGGAGCAGGUGGAGAAUUUAACCAUUUCUUUGUCUUCCUUACAACUAGAUAAGGAAGGCUUAAAAGAAAAUUUAAGUGAGGCGCAAAAGACCUUGAAAAAUCUAGAGCAGAAGGUGGACAUUCUUCAAAAACAGUAUGCCGAAAUGUGCUCCUUGUGUCAAAAGACCAAACAGCAAUUGGAACUGGAGCAAAUCGAGAUUGCCAAAAUGAAGCAAAAUGGUUCCUUAAAGGAAAGUGAGCUAAUGGAGAAACUCAAAGAUUAUGCAACGCAGUGUGGUGAGCUGAGAAAAGCGUUGGCCGAAGCAGAGUCCCGUAUUGAUGUCCAAAGCAAAGAGACAGAGAGCUGGCAAGCGCAGCUGAAAAAACUCGAACGAUCAUCGACCCACCCAGAGAGGAAACACACCCAAGCGACCCAAACGGACCUCGAAGAUCCGAUUUUAGUUCAACGCAUUGAAUCUUUGGAACAACAACUAGCAGAUGUCAAGAGCCAGAAAUUGCACACCGUUUCGCUGCUCCAAAAACUGCUUCAACAGCAAGAAGCUAAAAUCAAGAGCACUAACGAAAUGGAAGCAGACUGGCAACAACUGUUAGAUGCUCUGCAAGCUACUCAAAGCUUGGAACAACAAAUGCGAUCAGAACUGCAGCAUAAGACAGUGGAAUUGGAGCACCUGAAUGAACUGUUCGCUGGACAAAAUGAUGAACUGCAGAAGCUCCAGAAAUUGAGCCAAGCCAAGGACGAGGAGAAUCGACUAGAGUUACAGGUUUUGAAGGAAACAUUCCAAGAGAAUCUGGAGAUCCACUCCGCUGCCUCGAUCAACAUGCAAAGGCUGCAAAGCCAGGUAAAGUCUUUGCUAGAUGAGAAGGAGGAAAUUGCGCGAGAAGAACGCAAAGCAGUAGAGUGUUUGCGAUCUCUUGGUCACGUUCUUGAGAUGGAAACAGGAAGGAGGCUACCACAUAUAAAAAGCUGGCCCCAGUUGGCCAAAAUUCUUCGAAAGGAACUGCGAAAUGGAAGGGUUAACAAUCGAAGGGCUGAAGAGCUUCCUGGGGUUAAAAUGAAGCUGGCGGAGAUCAGCGGAAGGCAUCAGCAAGCUUUGUCAAAAAUUAAGUGUCUGGAGCAAACUUUGGUAAUGGAGCGAGCGCGGUUUGAGGCCUCGGACUCGGGCAAAUCGACGGCUAGCAACACGCCCCAGGAACCCGCCCAUGAGGUGGCUAAUCUUAUUGAUGACUAUAAGAAGCUCGUUCAGCAAACCGCCAAUGAAACAUGUCGCCCUCGCAACAGCUUCAUAUUCGAUCUGAUUGAGCGGAGUCAGCGAUGCCAACCGAAUUUGUGCCAGUUAGGAGAGGGUAUUUCCGCCUGCCAGUCUGAUAUGGAGGAGCUAAGCAGGCUUAUCAGUGCUGAUCGGCCACAGAGAAAAGUGGAGCCCAUGCCCUCCCUAAUGGAAGAACUUCGAGCGGUGGCCGAGCAUUCUUAGACGAGCAUAAUUUAGCUUUCAGUCAAAUACUUACAUUUCUUUUGUAGUACUUAUUUGUUUAGUCUCGAAUUUUGUUUUCCUAAAAGGUGCAAUUGUGAAUUGAGUGUUUGUGCCUAGUCUCAUAGACCUAAUUUUCAAUCAGAUCCAGCUUAGUUCAAUUUAUUAAAAUAUUUAUUUCGUUA